GACGUCACACACGGCUCAUAAAAGCUGCGCGCGCGCCGCUCGCGUUUGUUUACACUGCCAGCAUUAGUUACCUCUAGUGUCGCGAGUACAAACAAGAUGAUGGGCAUACGAUCCAACGCUGAGGAGGUGAAGCUCUCUUCAUCACCACCAGACAAGCCAAAACUGAUGGAGGGAGGCAACUACAUUCGUGAGGGUCGCGACUCCAGCAAGUCGACAUGGCUUCUGUUCUCUCCGGCAACUCCUGAUGAAGCCGGCGCCCUCGCUAAGUUCCUCAGCGUCUUCUCCUCACACGGAGUCAACCUCAUGCACAUCGAGUCCCGUUCCUCUGCCAGAAGACCGGGUUACGAGUUCAUGGUGGAAUGCGAGCAUGGAGCUGGCGACUUUGGCGCAGCCCUUGACGAGCUCAAGAAUAAUGUUGGCUACUUGAAUAUCAUCUCUAGGAAUUAUAAGGAUAACAGAUAUGCCGUUCCCUGGUUCCCUCGUCGUAUCCGUGAUUUGGAUAGAUUCGCAAACCAAAUCCUAUCUUAUGGCGCGGAACUAGACUCCGACCACCCCGGUUUCACAGACCCAGAGUACCGCGCUCGCCGCAAGUACUUCGCUGACAUUGCAUACAACUACAAGUAUGGCCAGCCUCUGCCACAUGUUGACUAUACAAAGGAGGAGAUCGCCACGUGGGGGGCGGUGUUCAGGAAACUCACAGAACUGUACCCCACACACGCCUGCAAGGAACACAACCACGUGUUCCCUCUGCUCAUUGAGAAUUGUGGCUACAGGGAAGACAACAUUCCACAGUUAGAGGACGUUUCUAAUUUCCUUAAAGACUGCACAGGCUUCACGCUCCGGCCAGUAGCGGGUCUACUAUCAUCCCGUGACUUCCUCGCUGGGCUCGCGUUCCGUGUUUUCCACAGCACCCAGUACAUCAGGCAUCACUCCAGGCCCCUCUACACACCAGAGCCAGACGUCUGCCAUGAGCUGCUCGGCCACGCGCCUCUGUUCGCUGACCCCGCCUUCGCACAGUUCUCACAGGAAAUCGGACUCGCCUCCCUCGGAGCGCCUGAUGAUUACAUUGAGAAACUUGCUACCUGCUUCUGGUUCACCGUGGAGUUCGGUCUGUGCCGACAAGAAGGAAAGCUGAAGGCGUUCGGUGCUGGUCUGCUAUCGUCCUUCGGAGAGCUUCAGUACUGCUUGUCUGAUCAGCCAGAGCUGAGAGAGUUCGACCCUGACACCACUGGCGAUACGAAGUACCCCAUCACAGAGUACCAGCCCGUCUACUUCGUAGCCAACAGUUUUGAAGAUGCUAAGGAGAGGAUGAUUAAAUUCGCACAGAAGAUCCCCCGUGACUUCGGCGUCAGAUACAACCCUUACACCCAGAGCGUGGACAUCCUCGACUCGUCUCGUCAGAUGAGGGAUCUCUUGCGCGAAGUCCACCAGGAGAUGAACCUACUCCUCAAUGCCAUGGAGAAGUUAUAGACGUGGUGAUGGCAUCAGGUAUAGGAGCUACUAAUACGGACAUCCAGACAGUGCAGUUAAUGAUUAUGUGUAUUUAGAGAUUCGGGCUAUUCAGCUUCAGAACUAUUAUUACCUACAAGUACUUAGACCUUGAAGGUCUAAUGCCCGUUUUCACCAGUAGCCCUUAAAAUGUAAGUGUCUCCUAAAUUAAAAGGGGACUCCUACUACUUUAGCAGUUUUAAGGACAGCUAAGGAUAGCAACCAUUUAGUGAACAGUGGUUUGGCUGGACCAACACUCAUAAUAAUUCAAAUGAUUAUAUUAUAUUCAUUAUGAAAAAUUAUAGCCGACAAAUCGGUCAGCUUUGGUUAAUUCUCAAUUUCUCUCAAUCUACUGAAUAAUAUCAAGCCUAUUUAGUACUGUAGUUAUGUUAAGUUUAUAGAAUAAAUCAAAAUGUAUACUCUCAUUGCUUUAAAUAUCCUCAUAUUAAAAUAUCACGGCAAAUGAAUAUUAUUAGGAAUUAAGUUAAGUGAAUUAAUAUUAUUAUUUUAAGAAUUACACAAAGAUGCAAUGAUUUACAUAUGUAGGUAUUGUAAAUAAGUUAAGCUUAUUAUUAAGUUAAGUAGUUUAAGUUAAUGAAAUAAAAUAAAAAAUUAUAAUCUGUUAAUUAAAGACUUGUACUUACUUCUAAUAAACCCGAUUUUUUUGUAAAUGAAACAAUAAAUAACCAACAUAAUAUAUUUAAAAAUUUGUACAGACAGAAUAAACUUAAGUACCUAGUACUUUUAGCAACUAAUUAAUUACAAUAAAAUGACAAGAUGGCGCACUACAUGUCACUUAACAUCUACCGUCAUAAAUUAAUUGAUCUUAUGCUGCGUGAAAACAUAAGGGGGUGACAUACGAGCGAGUAAGUUGGCGUACUGAAGUCUGGGUAAAGGUGCGAAUACACGGUGCAUGUAGCUGGAGCAAGUGACCCGCGCGCACGCAACAGAGGACCAGGGUGGGUCUCUAGACCCGCAAGUUUUUAAAAUGCAUGUAACCUGCGCAUGUGCCUCAACAUGCGCAAGCUACUUGCACCGUGUAGACGCACCCUAUAGCUAAUCAUGCUUACAUCACCCUAAAUAGCUACUAGUAGUUGCUUUAAGUUAAAUGCCACGAGAUUGAUUCAAAUAUAAAUUUGGUUUUUGAUAUUUUUCAUUUGUUAUGAAGGUAAUUAAUUUUUCGACUGUAAAUAUUCUUAUUUUUGCGUUCAACGUCUGAAGAUUACACAUUAAGAAUUCGACCUGAAAAAUAUUAAAAUCCAUUACAUGAAUAUUUGUCAGCGUGAUAUAUUAUGAGACAUGGCAUCAUUCCUAAGGAAAUAACACAGGGCUAAAAUCUAUGACAAUGUUAUGUUUAACAACUUGAACUUAGUUCACGUUUGUUAUCAAUGUCGAAUACAAUAAGUACCAUGAACUAUAAACUAUAAGAAGGUCCACUGUUGCGAUUCGUCCGUUGCAGCCCCUUAUGCUUUUACGCUUUAUAUACAAAAAAUAAUUAAGCACAUAAGUUUUAUAUUUACAAUACCCAACAACAUCCAAUGUAUACUCGGUAGACGCUAUAUAUUAGCAUGUAGCAAUGUAAUUGACAGAUACAAGAACUAGAAUUGCUGGAUAACUUACGCAUCUACUUUUUACAAAACAUAUAGAAAUAAAUUAUGAUUAUGAUUUUCAAAGGUA